CCUCGCUUGAACCGCCUGUUCUGCACAUUCUUGUAUUUAAUCCCUCAUGUUUUGUUGCUCGUAUUAUAUUUUGUUAAGGAGAUGGGAACAACAUACUCGAGCUCAGCUCCUACAAAACUGCUUCCGCUAAACCCUAUGCAAGAUGACUGAUGUGAUUAGCCUGCUCACGUUCCCAGAGACCUCCAAGGCAUUCACCGCCUACCGGUCCACAGUAGUCGACAUUGACGAUCGGUCGCGCGAUUAUCUCAAAGGUAAGAAUGUCAACAGAGCUGGCCCGACUAAGAUCCAGGUGCAUGGAUUUGCAGGUGGUGCGGUCGGGUCUGCGCUGAGCAAUGUUUAUGAUAGCUUGUUUGCACGGCUGAGGGGCAGUAUUGGGGAGUUGUUGACCAAGGGAUAUGACGAGCUUCAUAUGACGUAUGAGGGUGUUUACACUGCGUGCCGAGGAGAUAUACAGCUCGCUCCCGCUCCACUCUGUUUGUCUCCGCCGUCAAAACUGAUGGAGCUAUGCCCCAAACUUCACUCAGGGUGGCUUAGAGGGGGGAGGAGGAGGUUAUCCACCCAUAACUUUUUUCAUCGCACUUUCUGACCUCGACCUUUUGUCAUUCUAUUUAUAGGUCUAUAGCUCGCUCCCGCUCCACUGCGUUCGUCUCCCGGGUCAAAACUGCUCGACUUAUGCCAG